GAGCCUGACGCAGUGAGCCCAGCCUGCCUCCAGGCUGUAGUUCGGGGACAUCAAAGACGAACUCCCACUUCUACUUCCAGGCGUUAACCGAGAACGCUACACAAUGUGUGGGGUGACGAGGAGGGCGGAGAGCGCGGAAGGAUUUACCUCGACCGGAACCAGAGUGAGGAGGACGAUGAGCGUUGGAGUUGGGACGUUUGUCAAACUUGUGGCGGUCGUCGCGUUCGUGCUCCCCAAUUUAGUGCAAGCGCAAACGGCACUUCCUCCUGAAUGUGCUCCGGGGGGUCAUGAGGUCCUACAGAACCCGUACCGCAGCACCACCUUCAGCUCCAACUGGCUGCUGCAGUCAUCGCUCCGGGACUUUGUGUGCGACCAUUCCCUGGUGCCAGGAUGGUACCAGUUCCAAAUCUUCAACAAGCCCGCCAGCAUGCCCACCCAGUGUGUGGAGGUGAACCACUGUGGGACCCAGGCUCCGGUGUGGCUCUCCCUGGGAGAAGGCGAGUCGCUCCCGGGUCCUCUGGAACUUCGACAUUUGACCGCCUGCGUCACCUGGCAGUUGUUCCCCAGCAGCAGCAAGCAAUGCUGCCUCUUCCGCAUCCCGGUGUCCGUACGCAACUGUGGAGAAUUCUACGUUUACUUGCUGCAGCCCACUCAGGGAUGCAUGGGUUACUGUGCACAAGUCAUGCUGCCUGCCGCUCCGUCCAAGCUCCUGAUCACUCCUGAGUGGAACUCAGGUGGCGUGCAUCUGAAGUGCAGCUUCUCCAGCAACUCCAACAAUUCCAGCAGCUCGCUGGGCCACGUGGUGGCCUGGUCCCGAGCUUCACCUCAGGGCAAGCGGGAGGAGCUCAAGCGGGAGACGACCAUCCAGACGUGGGCCCUCAUCGAGCUGGAUGGCUUCAACCUCCGUCUGGGAGACAAGAUUCACUGUUCCGUCUACAGCUUCUUUUUGGACUCUCCGGAUGUCCACGGUGUUUCAGUGGAAAGUCAAGAAUUCUUUGCUGGGAUUCGGCUGAGACCGGAGAUGAGCGUCCUGUCUGAGGACGGGAAGCUGUACGAGCUGAUGAUCGAGAGCACCGUUCCCGUCCCGUGUCUGCAAGAGUCGCCAUCGUCAUCGUCAUCCUCCUCUUCUCAGUCAAGACGUUGCUCUAUCUCCUUGAUGCUCGGCACAAACAGUCAUGAUGAGACGGUACUGGGCACCGAUGUGUCCCUGUCCUCGUGCUCAGUGGACUUAACCGGGACUCCGUGCCAGGAUGGCGUGUGUGGCCGUGCUGUGGUCUACUACACCGCGGUCACCGACUUUGUCAGAGAUGGUGAUCGGACCACUAACAUCUCUGUCCGGCCCCUCGUCACGAGCAACUUUGUGUGGAACGGUUAUGCGCCAGAGCCUGUUCAGAUCAAAGUGCAGGAUAUACCUUCAGCGUACUGUUACUCCUUCACCGACCCUCAUGUCGUCACAUUUGAUGGCAGGCGCUACGACAAUUACCAGGUGGGCACCUUCGAGCUGUACAGGAGUGCACGUUGGCCUAUUGAGGUCCACGUGCGGCAGUGGGAAUGCGGGGGUGAUGGGAGGGCGCCCACAUCGUGUGCGUGCGGCGUGGCGGCCCGGGAUGGCGACGACGUGGUCAUUUUGGACAUGUGCGACGGCAACUUAGGCCAAACCAAACCUCGCCUCUCAGUGAAGAAGCGAGAAUUGCGCAAGAGCGCGGUGCGGAUCCAUGAGGCCUACCAGCGGCGCAAAAUCACCUUGACUUUCUCAUCCGGAGCAAUGGUACGUGCCGACGUGGCAGAUUGGGGUCUGAGUCUGACGCUGAGGGCCCCCGGUUCAGACAGGGGCCACACUGAGGGUCUUUGCGGCUCCUACGACGGACGGCCCAACAAUGACUUCCUUUCCUCGGCAGCAACUACAAUGGAGGAUAUACAGGCUUUUAUUUUUCAUUGGAGGCUCCGUGCAGGAAGCAGCCUGUUUGACACCGUACCACCACCAUCAUCGUCACCUGUACAAAAUUCUGGCAAAUUCUGUGACUGUCAAUCGUUUGGCCUAAUUGGUGGUGCACCAUCCACGGGUUCCCCGGAUGAAACCUGUUCUCUCCAUGGGAACUUGCGCUUCCCUGCCAUCAUCCCAUCCCUGGACAUCACGGCCGAGUACAUCGGGUCAGUUGAGUUGCUCGCCGGGGAGGAACAACCAGCGCAACCCUCCAGGGCUCCCCUAUCUGAACGGUGGGGCAGGGACACCCAUCAAUUCAUCCCCACCCCCCUACACCAAAGCCUUAAUAAGUCUGACCUGGAGAGCUUUGCCUAUUUCUUCCCCAAAGACCACGAACCUGACACUCGUGUAGACAUUGAUUUAACAUGGCCGACGCCCUCCGGGUUGACUGAGAAUGAAGCACAGGCUGAGUGUUGGGAAGCGGUCGCCAACUCCAGCCUGGCCUUGGGCUGCUUCGGUCUCCUCGGUGUCGACGUGGUUGGCAGCGCGGUAGAAAUGUGUGUCAGCGACUUGCGGCUAAAGGAUGAACGAUCCUGGUUGCAUGCUGUCCUGCCCCUGCUCGAGAACGAGUGCGAGAGGCGGCUUGUGGAGGAGGGCCUCGGGGGACUGCCCCACCGGGAUCUCUGGGACCGCCUAGACCACCGGGACGCAGUGUCUGUGCUCAAGUGUCCCGAUUUGUGCAAUGGAAACGGGCAAUGUUCGGAGUGGGGAUGUGUCUGCUUUCCCGGCUUUGGAGCCUACGACUGCAGCAUCUCGUCUGAGCAUACGCCAGAGAUCACGGAUCUUGAGUCAGGAGGCCUGUGCAACAUUCGUGAUGACGACUGCUCCAACAUUCGCGUUUCAGGUGUCGGCUUCAAGGAUGGCCACCAGCUCAAGUGCGAGUUCGUCCAAGAAAAGUUGGUGGGAGGCAAGUGGGUUGCGGCUGAGCCUCAUUUUGUCGCUGCCACCUUCAUGGGUGUGAUGGCCGUGGAGUGCCGCCUCCCUCUGGAAGUCACUCGAGCCACUGCAGGUGUGGAUGCAUCUGGAGCGUUGACAAAACGACCAUUCCUGGCCCGCUGGCAGGUCAAAGUGUCCAACGACGGUUACAGCUUCAGUAACGCUAAAGUGAUCACCAUCUAUGACGGAGCGUGUCACCUGUGUGGCCUCCAAGCCGACCCUUUCUGCACACUCAGGGAGAAGAUGUGCAGCAUCGAUGGCGUCUGUUAUGAUGGAGGACAGUCUCAUCCCUUCAACCCUUGCCUGGCCUGUCAACCAAACGUUUCGCAGCAUGCUUGGACCGCCCGCCAUGAGAACGAACCCCCCACACUGUCAUCUUUGCCCUCCCUCCUGUGGUACUUCCAAGGGGAGGAGUUCAUCUACCAACUGCAGGCUCGGGACCCCGAGGGCUCACCGGUGGUCUUCGCUCUCCGCUCGGGUCCUGAGGGCGUGUCUUUGUCUCCGACUGGCCUUAUACAGUGGAAGGCCACGCCCCAGCAAACGCGCACCUACAGCUUCGACUUUACCGUUUCGGACAACUGCCAUGCCGAGACCUCUGCUUCCCUGCACGUGUCUGUGCGUCCAUGCGAGUGUGCGAACGGCGGCUUGUGCAUAAAGGACGUCAGCGCGCCCGCCGGCAGCGGCGAGUACACGUGUGCCUGCCCAAGCGGGUUCAAAGGUCAGAGGUGCGAGGUGGAUGUGGACGACUGCAAACCCAACCCCUGCAGGCUGGGACGCUGCCUGGACGGACCCGACUCCUUCACGUGCAUCUGCCCACCCGGAAUGACAGGUAGAACAUGUCGAGAGGACGUGGACGAGUGCGUCUCGAGUCCGUGCUACCCCGGAUUGGACUGCAUCAACACUCUGGGCUCCUUCUCCUGUGGACUCUGCCCACGUGGAUAUGCCGGUGACGGCAUCACAUGCAUUCGACAGGCGAGCGACGCUGCUGAACAAAUUCCCAUCAGCAGACUGAAUUCAGGCAGGGAGAUGAUGCGCACCACCUUCUCUUCAUUUUCAUCAUCCCCUACCUUACCCAGGCGGUCCCCCGACAGAAGCAAGAGACCAGGCGCCACCGUUGCCAACCCAGGCAGAGCUUCUUCGUCUUCUUUGGAGAGAAGCCCCAGACCCUGCCCGUACGGAUAUGCGGCCGAUGGAGUAACAUGCAAAGCUGUGUGUAGGUUUCAAUGCGGGAGGAACAUGGAGUGCACACAGCCCAACACAUGCACCUGCAAGGAGGGAUACACCGGAUACAACUGUCACAUGGCCGUGUGCCGACCAGAUUGCAAGAACCAGGGCAGAUGUGUGCGUCCUAAUGUGUGCGAAUGCCCCCUAGGCUACGCUGGCCCCACCUGUGAAGAAGCAAGCUGUGAGCCGCCGUGCCAACACGGAGGCACGUGUCUUGCCAGGAACCUUUGCACAUGCUCCUACGGCUACGUGGGACCAAGAUGUCAAAUCUUGGUGUGUAACAGGCACUGUGAAAAUGGCGGCGAGUGCGUUUCUCCCGACGUGUGCGAAUGUAAACCAGGCUGGAAUGGUCCAACCUGCAACUCAGCGGAAUGUAAUCCGGUGUGUCUGAAUGGAGGAACGUGCAUCAAACCAAACGUAUGCACUUGUCCCGCUGGUUUCUACGGCUUGCAGUGUCAAAUUGCCGUAUGCAGUCCACCUUGCAAGAAUGGAGGUCAGUGCAGGCGAAACAACGUGUGUUCUUGUCCUGAAGGCUACACGGGGAAACGAUGCCAAAAGAGUGUGUGCGAGCCCACAUGUAUGAACAAAGGCAAAUGUGUUGGGGCCAACACGUGCUCGUGUACGUCUGGCUGGAGGGGAAACAGAUGUAACAUACCCGUGUGUCUACAGAAGUGUAAAAAUGGCGGUGAGUGCGUGGGGCCCAACACAUGCCACUGUCCCACUGGCUGGGAGGGUCUGCACUGUCAGACACCGGUGUGCAGACAGCGCUGCCUAAACGGGGGGCGCUGCGUGCUGCCCGACUACUGCCACUGUCGGAGGGGCUACAAGGGCCUCACGUGCGCCAUUCAGGUCUCGCAAGCGUGAUGCAAAAUGAAGUCAAAGGAUAUUGUGAGGGUGUGUGUAUAUAUUAUUACAAUGGCGCUGCUUAGAGUAGA